CCCGGAGCCGACAGGGCGGUGCGAGCAUCACGUGCCGCGGCGUGGGCCGCUGCCUUGGAAACGCGGGGCGCGCGCUUCCUGAACGUGACAGAGCCGGGGUCCCGGAGGAUGCUGCUGGUGCCCGGGAUGCUGCGGUACGGCCGCAGCCUGUACGGCCUGGGAGCCGGAGCCGCUCUGCGGAGACCGGCAGGCCGUGGCGGCCUGCGCAGCAGGGGUCGCGCUCGGGGAGUCAGCACCAGCUGGUCCUCGGUGGGCGCAGCCUUCAACGUCAAGCCCCAGAGUCGCCUGCGGCAGCUGUUGGAAGAGCACCGGGGUCUUUUUGGAGUUCCUGAGCUCAGCACCGCUGAAGGAUUCCAUGUUGCCCAGAAGGAGGCCUUGAGGAAGUCGGAAUGGCUUGUGGAGCGAGCAUGUUCCACGCCCCCAGGGCCACAGACUGUCCUCAUCUUUGACGAGCUCUCGGAUUGCCUGUGCAGAGUGGCCGACUUGGCAGACUUUGUGAAAAUCGGACACCCUGAGCCCGCGUUCAGAGAGGCUGCAGAAGAGGCCUGCAGAAGUAUCGGCACCAUGGUGGAAAAGUUGAAUACAAAUGUGGAAUUGUAUCAGAGUCUCCAGAAAUUACUAGAUGAUAAGAAGCUUAUGGAUUCCCUUGAUGCAGAAACCAGGCGAGUGGCUGAGCUGUUUAUGUUUGAUUUUGAAAUAAGUGGAAUCCAUCUAGAUGAAGAAAAGCGCAGAAGAGCAGUGGACCUCAAUGUCAAGAUCCUGGAUUUGAGCAGUGCUUUUCUCAUGGGAACCAACUUUCCCAACAAGAUACAGAAUCAUCUCUUACCAGAGCACGUUCGGCGCCACUUUGCCCGAGAUGGGAGUUACACAGUCAUUGAUGGUCUACAUGCGGAAGCCUCAGAUGACUUGGUUCGGGAAGCUGCUUAUAAAAUUUUCCUUUAUCCCAAUGCUGGUCAGUUGAAAUGUUUAGAAGAAUUGCUAAGCAGCAGAGAUCGUCUGGCAAACUUAGUAGGUUAUUCUACGUUUUCCCACAGGGCCCUCCAGGGAACGAUAGCUCAGACUCCAGAGACUGUCAUGCAGUUCCUUGAAAAACUAUCUGACAAACUCUCUGAAAGAACUGCAAAAGAUUUUGAGAUGAUGAGAGGAAUGAAAAUGAAACUAAAUCCUCAAAAUUCUGAACUAAUGCCUUGGGACCCACCCUACUACAGUGGUGUGAUUCGUGCAGAGAGGUAUAAUAUUGAGCCCAGUUUAUAUUGCCCAUUUUUCUCCCUUGGAGCUUGUAUGGAAGGCCUGAACGUCUUAUUUAACAAACUGCUGGGCAUCACCUUAUAUGCAGAGCAGCCUGCAAAAGGAGAGGUGUGGUGUGAUGAUGUCCGGAAGCUGGCUGUUGUUCAUGAAUCCGAAGGGUUGCUGGGGUACAUUUACUGUGAUUUUUUCCAGCGAGCAAACAAGCCACAUCAGGAUUGCCACUUCACCAUCCGAGGAGGCAGAAUAAAGGAAGAUGGAAGCUAUCAGCUGCCGGUCGUUGUUCUUAUGCUGAACCUUCCCCAUUCCUCCAAGGACUCCCCCACCUUAUUAACUCCUGGGAUGAUGGAGAAUCUCUUCCAUGAAAUGGGACAUGCCAUGCAUUCGAUGCUCGGACGAACUCGGUACCAGCAUGUCACUGGAACCAGGUGCCCGACUGACUUUGCAGAAGUUCCAUCCAUUCUGAUGGAGUACUUUUCAAAUGACUACCGAGUAGUCAGCCAGUUUGCCAGGCAUUAUCAGACUGGGCAGCCACUGCCAAAAGCUAUGGUGUCUCGCCUCUGUGAAUCUAAGAAGGUUUGUGCGGCCGCAGAAAUGCAGCUUCAGGUCUUUUAUGCCGCCCUGGAUCAAAUCUACCAUGGCCAACAUCCCCUGAGGAAGUCAACCACAGACAUCCUCAUGGAAACACAAGAGCAGUUUUAUGGCUUGCCCUAUGUUCCUGACACUGCCUGGCAGCUGCGGUUCAGCCAUCUCGUGGGAUAUGGUGCCAAAUAUUACUCAUACCUGAUGUCCAGGGCUGUCGCGUCCAUGGUCUGGAAGGAGUGCUUCCUACAGGAUCCUUUUAACAGGGCCGCCGGGGAGCGCUACCGCAGAGAGAUGUUAGCCCAUGGUGGGGGCAAGGAGCCCAUGCUCAUGGUUCAAGCUCCAGGCUUUAACCCCAGAGAGAGCAUCAUGUUGUUAUGGCAACUGAGAACUGUGGGAUAUAGUUGGGCCAGCAGAGUGUAAUGUAUAGACAAUACAAUGGAGACAAAGAAGCCAACGUCAGAUCAGUGGUUCAGUCACAGUGUAGAGUUCAGAGCAAGAAGUGCCAACUUAGAAGAUUCAACCCCUGUGUUGCUGAAGGAACCCAGAUGGAAAUGGCUCUCAGCUGCCCUUCUGCCCAAACAGUCCUGGUGAUGGUAGGAACCUACUUUUCCAGAAGUCAGGUUCUUCUCCCAGUUACACAGUUCCUGCUGACAAGAUGGCACAUUUUCUCAAAUUGGUGCAAAAUGUGUAGUCUGCUUUAAAAGUCUGAUGUCUUACCGAUGCAUCAUCCAGGUAUUGAGCAUUGGGUUUUUUGUUUGUUUGCUUUGUUUUGUCUUUUUUUUUAUAAUACAAUUAUUAACCUAACAUAACCAAAUAUGCUUAUUGUUUGACUUUGCUGCUGGUGUAAUUUGUACAAGACAAAUAUGAUGACAGUCAAGGAGCCAUAAGCCCUGUCUGACAGCAGAAAUAUAGCCGAUGUCUGAAGUAGGAAAGCUAAAUAAAUAGUCAUUAUUCAACACCAGCUUGAUUGAUUUUCCCUGUUGUCGAAAUAUAUACAUGGCUAUUUAGGAAAGGCAUUUUUACAUGAUUUUUAGCACUGAAAAUUAGUAGUUAUUAUUUCCAGUUUUUAAAACAUGCAGUUAACUCUUAAUCAUGCAGUCUGGUUAAUCCCCAAAUAUUGGCAUUGUGGCAGGAAGAUGGCAUGCUCAGUAGGUACAUGCUGUCUUUGGAUGGUUAUUAUUCUGAAGUUUGUUUUUUAAUGUCUGUUUACUUUUUAAUUUUUUAAUCAAGUGGAAUUUUGAAGAAGAGAUAAGCAUUAACAUAUGACAAGUUCUACCUGUCUGAGUCAGCAUCUGUGCCCCCGGGGACAGCAGCUUCAGCAGAUGCCAGAACAUGCUCAGAAACCCUGGGCCUGGGCUCCUGAGUGCCUGCCCUGAAGUGUGCUAUAGUGACUUAGGAAACCCCCUCACACAUAGAUUAAGCAUGAAGAGGUAAGAUGAUUUUAGUGAUAGUGGUUUUGUUUCUUACCUAGGUCUUAAUGUGUAGUGUAAGUUGACCUGGAGGUAGUCCUACCUCCUGAGUGCUGGGAAUGCAGGUGUCUGUUGCCAUGCCUGGCUAGGUUAAGGUGCUUUUUAAAAAUUCUAGAAGUAUAUUGUUCGGGUUGUUCAGAAGUUUUCAUAGACUCUGUGUUUCUCUCUGUAGUGAGAGAGUCCUCUUCUACUCUGAACCACCUUACCCUGUUUACUUCUGACUUAAUGUUAAUGUGUAUUAGUUCACUAAAUUGCUUUAUUUCUGUCUCUGCCCUCAGUAAAGUCUAAGCUCUCUGAGUUCUGAACUGGCAUCAUGUUCCUGGUCAUAUCUACAGCCCUCUGGUAGGGUUCUGUAACCUCCAGUAGAGAUUUGCUAAAUGUACAGCUUUAGAGUUUGAAUAUGAAAUGUCCCCAUAGGCUGAUGUUUGCAUGCUUGGUCCCUGGUUGGUGGUGCUAUUUGGGGAACUUCAGGAAGCAGGCCAUAAGGAGUGGUUCUUUGCAGGGAGAGUGCAGACCCUGGUUUUCCUGUUUUCUGUAUCUUGUAAUAAAUAGCUAUCCUCCACCA